AUGGGGAAGAGCAGUGAGAAGCCGACGAACAGCGAGGCGCCUAUGCUGAUCGCAUUCGCCGCUGACCCCUAUUACCGCGCCAUGCUUUACGUGGUCGUUUUCAUCCUCGCGCACUUGGGGGUGCUGUACAACACGGGAUUCGACGCGACUGAGGUCGCCAGGCGUUCGGUGCUGGUGAACAUGCUGCAUAUGGCAGACAGCAAAUGGGCGGUCUGGCUUUUCGCCCUUCAGGCAGGAGUUGGAUUCCUGUCCCUGUGCGUAUACGCGUCCAAGUUCGUUGCUGCAGGAGCGCCGCUGCCGUUCAUUCUUCACGAGCACACCGACCUGGUCGGCCACACCGCCGUCAUAACUGGAGGUACGGGUGGUGUCGGCAGGGAGACGGCGUUGCAGCUGCUACUAUGGAGGUGCAAAGUAGUGAUCCUCGGCCGGGACAAAACUAGGGGUGCGAACGCCGUGGAGUACCUUCGACAAAAGGCUAACGUGGGAUUCGUUCCCAGUAACAUGAUACAAUACGUGGAAAUGGACCUCAACGACAAAAAGUCUAUCGCAAUGGCCGCAGAAGAGAUCUUAAGGACGAACGCUUCAAUAGAUUUCCUCAUCAACAACGCCGGAAUCGCCGACGAUGCCACGUUGAACGCGUACAAAAUGGAGACCAUGUUCGCCGCCAACUUCCUCGGGCACUUCUACUUCACCGAGCUGCUCAUGGACGCUCUCAAGAGGGACAAAGCGCGGAUAAUCAACUUAUCCAGCGUGGCGCACUAUGACUACGACCCCAACGAUGACCCGCUCCUCAAGGGUGGCGACACCAUGGAGCUCUCGGGAAAAGCAAACUUCCGAACUUAUUACGGAAGGUCAAAGCUCUUCAACAUAUGGCACACUCAAUCGCUGCAACGGAGGUUUGACAGGCUGGACAAGGAGGACAGGGGCGUCGUGUGCUUCUCAGCUGCGCCGGGCAUUGUGGCGACGCCACUGCUGCGAAACUACAUGCUGCGGUUCGUGCCGCCGAUGUGCAUUGCCAUCGGCUGGUGCUUCACCAAAACGCCCAAAGACGGUGCGAACACUACACUGUACCUAUGCUCCGCGCCGCUAGAGGAGCUCACCCCUGGAGGGUACUACUACGAGUGCAAACUCGGGUACGUGAGCAAGCACGCGCAAGAUGUGCCCAAGCAAGAGGCCUUGUAUGCACUUGCGGAGAGAAUGAUUAGGAAUUAA